AUGUCACGUAAAUUGAACGAUAAUCAUGAACAACAAUUAACAGAACUUGAACCUGAACGUAUUCUUGUUCAUAAAUUAGUCGAUUCAAGUAAAGCUCAACGAACAAAAGCUAUUGAACGACUUAAAUUAUGGAUAAAUGCUCGAACAUUAAAUCCAACAAGUUUUUUUACUUAUGAUGAUUUAAUUAAAAUUUGGAAAGGUCUCUAUUAUAAUAUGUGGAUGGCUGAUAAACCUAUUUUACAAGAUCAAUUAGCUACAGAAAUAUCAUCUUGGAUUCAUGAAUUUCGUAAUAAUGAUCAAGCACGUUUAUAUAUCGACGCUGGUUUUGCUACAUUUGCUCGUGAAUGGUGGGGUAUUGAUCGAUGGCGUUUGAGCAAAUUUAUGACAUUUGUACGUUGUCUUCUACGUGAAUCAUUUGUUUUUCUUAAAAAUCUUAAAUGGUUUAAAGGUGAUAUAAUAAAAUUUACAAAAAUGCUUCGUCAAAAUGUACUUAGUGCUAAUGGCAAUCGAUCUUGUGAUGGUUUAAAAUUACAUAUAACUGAUAUUUAUUUAGAAGAACUUGCUCAAAUAGGUGGUAUAGAAUUAAAACCAAAACGAUUAAUUCUUUUAUUAUCACCAUUUUUUAAUAUUAUUAAAACAUCUGAAAAUGAAGUACUUACUAAACAUGUUUAUAAAAAUCUUUUCUUACCAAUAAUUCAAUAUUCUGAUGUUGGUAUUGAUCCAGAUGCUGAAGAAGAAAUGGAAACAAUACAACCAUUUGGUCGACAAGCUAUUGAAGAAGAAAUGGAAAUGAAUAAUGAAAAUGAACAGCAAGAUGAUACUGUUUUACAAUUUGAUUAUAAACUUCUUUCAGAAAAAUUAAUUAAAAUAGCAAAAGUCGAUAGUUGUAAACAACGAAAUCGUAAACAAAUAUAUGAAUUAGCUCGAAAAUUUGAUGCACUUUCACGUGGAAUAUAUCCAUUAUCUGAUGAACGAUUACCUGAAGUUUUUGAAUCAAAUCGUUUAUCUUGUGAAGUUGAUGUGAACACUUUACGGGAAUUACAAAAAGAUUUAGGUGAAUUAAGUCACAAGAAGAAAAGUGUAACACGUCCAGAAGAAAUUGAAGAACUUCUAGAAAAAUAUGAUGCUGUUAAGAAACGUAAGAAACAUCGUGGGAAAGGUGGUUCAAAAAAGAAGAAACAAACCAAUCAAUGA